CACGGAAGUAGUCGUGUAAGCGUUACUUAAGCUGUUACAUAUCACUCGUAACUGCAUCUUCUUUAUCUAACACGCCUGUGUAUGUGACUGAAUACAGCUCUCGAUAUUUUCAGCCAUUUUAUGCAUUUUAUCGUUCCACGACGGACAGGUCAAGAUGCUUAAAUCCAUGGGUCAACUGUUUUUUUCCUCUGGACUCCAGAACCCAAAGUUCACUGCUCAACAGAGCAAGGGUGAAGACUAUGAGAUCCGUACUUACCACACAACAAACUGGGUGAGCACAUCUGUUACUGGCAUGGAGCAGGACCCGGCCUUCAACACAGGCUUCAGAAGACUCUUCAAAUACAUUCAGGGCAAUAAUGACAAAAAGUGUAAGGUGGAGAUGACCGCACCAGUGACCUGUAUGAUUGACCCUGGUGCUGGACCUGCUUGUGAAAGCACCUUCACUACCUCCUUCUUCAUCCCUGAGGAACAUCAGGCCGACCCACCCAAACCCACCGACGCAGAUGCUUUCAUAGAGAACCGUAAAGAGUUAACGGUGUUUGUGAGGACGUAUGGAGGCUUUACUAACAGUGAGAGCAGCCGUGAGGAGCUUCUGAAACUGAUGGAGAGCCUCAAGAGGGAUGGGAUGAAAUUCAAAGAGGCCCCGUUCUACAGAGCGGGAUAUGACAGCCCCUUCAAACUGACCAACCGCAGGAAUGAGGUGUGGCUGAUCAAAGAUGAGGAAGAAAAAGCCUAAGGAUCAGAUGGAAGAGGAGAUGAAGAGGAGGUCAAUUGUUUGUUUGAACUUAACAAUAGUUAUGUAGGUGCUUUUGUUUACUAUGUACAUGCAAUUGCCUGAAUGUUUUAUAUGAGAAAUUAACACUUUACUGAUUGUAUAAACAAUAUAUUUUACACCAGCAUUAACACUUUAAAUACCUACAAUUAACAAUGAAAUCAUAUGAAAAGUAUGUUGAAGUAAUUUUUAAUUUUUUUUUAUUAAUUGUUUUUGUCAUUAAUAAUGUAUCAAAGCGCUCAUGUAAUGCUUGUGUAAAGGUGCAAGUAAGACCUGACUGAAUCAAUAACUAUUUUAUUGUUGUGAAAUAUAAAUACAUAAUCUCAUCUGUAUUUUUACCUGUUUAUAUUGCACUAAAUCUUGAAUCUAAAGAUUAACUGGAAAAAUAACAGUGUAUUAAACUGAUGCUAGUUUUUCUGUAUUUUGUAUUUUCUGGUCUUAAAAUAACUGGUACGCAUUGUAACCUUUGGCCCUCUAGUGGUUCAAAAAUAAAACAGCACGAAUCUUGCGGAA